AUUAUUUUUAAUGUCCUGGCAACUCUAAAAAACAACUGUCACACACUGUCAAAUGUCAGUAUUUUAUUGAGGUUAUAAUUUGAAUAAUAACAUCAUUUUGUACAAAUUAGAUUUUUAAGAUUAUUUUCUGUAUCAUAAAAUGAAUAUUAUACGAAGAGGGUUAUCCCUUGUCUCCGCUGGAAUUAGGACUCAAUAUGCAGCAAUUACAGCACCCAUCCCGCCGGCUCUGAAGUCGCUGGCGCUACCAUGUCUAUUUCCAACAUCUGGGCAGUCCCUAUUAGCCAGAACCAUGGCGUCGCUAGCACAAAUGCACCGCACAGGCCCGCACAUCAAACUCAGGAAGUCAAGGAACCCGCUCAAUGGAAACCCUUUUGCCAAGGGUGUCGUCCUGAAGACCCUCAUUAAGAAGCCAAAGAAGCCCAACUCAGCUAACCGCAAGUGCGUGUUGGUCCGUCUGUCCAACGGCAAAGAAAUGGUGGCCUACGUGCCUGGCAUCGGACACAACCUACAAGAACACAACAUUGUAUUGGUCAGGGUGGGGAGAUUAAAGGACUGCCCCGGCGUGAAAUUGAAGUGCGUACGCGGCGUGUACGACCUGCCACACGUCGUCAAACCCAAACCUUAACUAAUUCACCCUGUACAGCUGACACUAGGAUCGUAGUUCAAUAAAUAUUUUAUAAGUCAA